AUGCAGACGCUGGAAGGGGUUAAGCUGUUGGUUGGCGAGAAGAAGUACGAUGAGGCGGAGAGGGCGUUGCUGCAGUUGCUUUCGCGGGACGUGCCCGCCACUGCGGCUGAGAAAUUGAAGAACGAACAAGAGCAGUGUGUACUGCAAUUGGGCCGGCUGUAUGUGACCCGAGGGGAGAAGAAGAAGUUGCGGGAGUUCAUCCCGCACUCUACAGAGUACAUGGCGAAUUUGGCCAAGUCGAAGACGGCGAAGAUCUUGAAACAGCUGAUCGAUGCGUUUGAACAGGUGCCGGACUCCCUUGAUGACCAGAUCUGGGUGUGUCAGCAGAGUAUCCAGUUUGCCGCUAGGGAGAAGAGAAGUUUCUUGAAGAAUGCUUUGAGUAUCAAAUUGGCCACUUUGUAUUACAAAAAGGCGCAGUACAAGGACGCGCUCGAUCUGAUCAACUCAUUGCUUACAGAAUUUAAGAAAUUGGAUGACAAGCCAUCUCUCGUGGACGUCCAUCUGUUGGAGAGCAAAGUGUACCAUAAGUUGCGGAACGUGGCGAAAUCUAAGGCAGCGCUUACCGCGUCUCGGACAGCGGCUAACUCGAUAUACUGUCCGACAGUCACAAUGGCUGAGCUGGAUCUGAUGAGCGGGAUUCUGCACUGUGAAGAUAAGGAAUACAAGACCGCGUUCUCGUACUUCUACGAGAGUUUCGAAAGUUUCCACAACUUAUCGACGCAUGACUCCUUCGAUAAGGCAUGCCAAGUGCUCAGAUACAUGCUUCUGUCCAAGAUAUCGCUGAACCUAAUGGACGACGUCACGAAUAUCCUCAACGCGAAGUACACGAAGGAGACGUACCAGUCGCGCGGGAUAGACGCGAUGAAGGCGGUCGCAGAGGCGUACGGGAACAGAUCUUUGCUACAGUUCAACAGCGCACUGACCACGUACCACGACGAUCUCAUGGGCGACGACUUGAUCAAAUCGCACUUCAACGCGCUGUACGACACACUGCUGGAGUCGAACCUGUGCAAGAUCAUCGAGCCCUUCGAGUGCGUGGAGUUGUCGCACAUCUCAAAGAUGAUUGGACUGGACUCGCAGCAGGUCGAGGGCAAACUCUCACAGAUGAUCCUCGACAAAGUGUUUUACGGCGUGCUCGACCAGGGCAACGGGUGGUUGUACGUCUACGACACGCCGCACCAGGACGCAACGUACGACUCGGCACUGGAACUUGUCGGGCAACUGAACAAAGCCGUGGACCAACUGUACGAGAAGGCAGCCGUCCUCUACUAG